UAUAAACUGGGAAUUAAUUGCAGCGCGGAUUAUUUAUUUGAAAGCGGAUUGACAAGCAGAUCCCCCACUGUGCGUGGAAAAUUUUUAGAAAUCCAACACGUAAAUAAUUUUGUUGUCUAUACUUUAGGUAUACUACCUACUUAAAAGUUGCGUUCUAGGCAUAUAAAAGUGAUACAACAGAAGAUCUCACCAGCGCUGGUUUUAAAUUGUAAAAAAUCCAUCAUAACUCCACUGAGAUGGACACCAUUGAGCAAAGACUAGCUCCUACUACCAGCGCAGUCACAUACGAUGUAUCGGAAGGUUCAGUAGGGCUUAUGAAGAGGAUAAAAAGAGGAGAAACGUUGUCUGGACUUACGCACGAAUGUGGCGUGUUUGGAGCUAUUGGAACUGGAGAAUGGCCAACACAUCUAGAAAUUUCGCAAAUUAUCACUUGGGGUCUUGUCGCCCUGCAACACAGAGGACAAGAGUCUGCUGGUAUAGUAACUACCGAAGGCAGGCAAUCAGAAAACUUCAACGUGGUUAAAGGAAUGGGCAUGGUCAGCAACAUUUUCACUGACGAAUCAAUAAGGAAGCUGAAAGGCAGCGUGGGUAUUGGACAUACUCGCUACUCAACAUCGGCUGCUUCAGAAGAAGUGAACUGCCAACCCUUCGUAGUACAUACAGCUCAUGGGCCUUUAGCCGUAGCACAUAACGGGGAAUUGGUGAACUGUGAUAGCCUACGAAGACAAGUAUUAGAGCACGGUGUUGGUUUAUCCACUCACUCAGACAGCGAACUUAUAACUCAAGCCCUUUGCCUUAAUCCUCCAGAAGGCGAGCCUACAGGAGAACCAGAUUGGCCGGCCAGAAUUCGACACUUUAUGCAGCUGGCCCCUUUAAGCUACUCCUUGGUUAUAAUGUUGCGACACAAAAUAUACGCAAUCCGCGAUCCAUACGGAAAUCGGCCUUUGUGUCUGGGAAAAAUUCUACCGUUCAACGAACCAAUAUCCGGUGACUGUGAUGAACAAAGAGACGCGGAUGGCUGGGUUGUCUCCUCAGAGUCUUGUGGAUUUCUUUCAAUCGGUGCUCAGUACGUGAGAGAAGUGUACCCGGGAGAAAUCAUUGAAAUGACUCGUCAUGGAAUUAGAUCUAUAGAUAUCGUCCACAGGCCUGAGAACAAAGCUCAGGCCUUUUGCAUCUUUGAAUACGUCUAUUUCGCCAGAACUGAUUCGAUUUUUGAGGGUCAAAUGGUGUACGCAGUGAGACUGCAAAGCGGUAAGCAGUUAGCUAUUGAACAUCCCGUCGAGGCUGAUGUAGUAAGCGCUGUUCCCGAGUCAGGAAAUGCAGCUGCUCAUGGCUUUUCCCGACAGAGUGGUAUAUCCUUCGCGGAAGUUCUAUGCAAGAACAGAUACGUUGGCCGUUCAUUUAUUCAGCCAAGCAAUCGGUUGCGCAAACUUCUGGUAGCCAAAAAAUUCGGAGCAUUAGCUGGCAUGGUAAAAGGCAAAAGAAUCGUUCUGGUAGAUGACUCAAUUGUCAGAGGCAACACUAUUGGCCCUAUUAUUAAGCUGUUGAAAAAUGCUGGAGCUAUAGAGGUCCAUAUUCGAAUUGCCAGUCCACCUUUGCAAUAUCCAUGUUAUAUGGGAAUUAAUAUACCAACCAGAGAAGAACUGAUAGCGAAUAAAAUGAAUUCGCGAGAACUAGCUAAACACGUGGGUGCAGAUAGUUUGGAAUACCUUAGUCUCGAAGGAUUGGUAAAGGCUGUGAGAUCAGAUAUUAAGACAAAAAGUACGGCUAAAGUUGGUCAUUGCACCGCAUGUCUAUCUGGAGUGUACCCAGGUGGAGAACCAAUCAAAAGUCCCAAACUAGAAUGGUAGAUAUAUUAUUUCUGAAAGUGCCAACGUGUAAUUUUCUAUUUAUAAAAACAUUUGAAAAAUGUUAAAGUACCUGCAAUGUUUCAAGUUACCUUAUAAUUAAAUAGAACUAGAGUAUGUAUUUGUUAAUUAAAAAAUUGAAUGAAAA